CACUGCAGAGAUAAUACCCGGGAAGAACUGGAAGAGUUCCGCGCGUGUCGCUGGUCACGUUCGCCGGUGCAGCGCGCGCCGCCAGCCGUAGUAGACCGAAGCGUCGAGGAAAACAAACCAGCAGCCUGCUCGCUGGCUGCCCACGAGAGCGCGAAUACUGUGUGAACGCGCGCAGCUCGCGAACGAACGCGCAGCCCUUCGCCGUUUGCGAUUGUCCGCCGCGGUGUGUUGCGCCGCCGAAUACACAGCGAGCGCGCGCGCGCUCAGUCCGCGCCAGCCGCGUGUUUCGUCCGCAUCUCGUCAGCCGCUGCGAACGCCGCUCCGAUUGUGUUGCGUAUUGCCGAUAUAUAUCCCCGACACACAGUGUGCAGUGAUAUUUGCCUGUACGCGGCCCGCUUGGGGCGCGCGCGCCUUACCUUCUUCAACAACCAUUCAGCGUCCGGUGCAUCGCUGGCAUUUAUGACAUGUCCCAACGGGAUACCGUAAUCCAUCUAGUCGCCGGUGGCGUGGCCGGGACUGUCGGGGCGAUCGUAACAUGCCCGUUGGAGGUGGUGAAGACGCGACUGCAGUCGUCGCGGUCCGGCUUCACGGAGAUCCCGCAGAUCGCGCGCGAGAAUGGCGGCACGGACGCGAAGACCACGUGCCGCACGCUGCCAGUCGGCGCCAUCAAACAACAGCAGCAGCAGAGGCGUAGGUUGUGGACAUCCAGCCAUCACUUCCGGCCUCAAGUUGUGGCUCUUUCAGGUUACGUCGCCCCGCCGAGCCGGUCGAUUGGGCUCGUGCAAUGCCUGAAGCACAUUGUGAAGCACGAGGGCCCGCUGGCGCUGUUCAAGGGCCUCGGCCCGAAUUUGGUAGGCGUGGCACCCUCGCGCGCCGUCUACUUCUGCACGUACUCGCAAGCGAAACUCUUCUGGAACUCACUGCUGCCACCCGAGAGUCCGGUGGUGCACAUGCUGUCGGCGUCCUGCGCUGGUUUCAUGGCCAGCACGCUCACCAACCCCAUCUGGUUCGUCAAGACGCGACUACAGUUGGACGUCAAUCGCGAUGGGAAACCUAUGACGGCGCUGCAGUGCGUGCGCAGGAUAUACCGAAAGUCGGGUGUGCUCGGCUUUUAUAAAGGUAUCACAGCGUCGUAUAUGGGCAUCUCCGAGACGAUUGUCCACUUUGUCAUCUACGAAGCCAUCAAACAGGAACUAGUGGCGCAUCGUGCGCGCGAUUCAGACACACGUGACUCGCGUGACUUCCUCGAGUUCAUGGCGGCUGGCGCCAUUUCGAAAACAGUGGCGUCGUGUGUUGCCUAUCCGCACGAAGUGGCACGUACGCGCCUGCGCGAAGAAGGCAGCCGCUACACGUCCUUCUGGCAGACGCUCUCGCUCGUCUUUCGCGAGGAGGGCGUGCGCGGCGUUUAUCGCGGCCUUACCACGCAACUAAUUCGCCAGAUCCCCAACACCGCCAUCAUGAUGGCGACCUACGAAGCGGUAGUGUAUGUGCUCUCCACGCGACUGGAGAACGAUUUUUAUACGGAGGACGACACCGAACGCCUCUAGGUCACCACACAACACAACCCCAACAUUUGCGUGUGCCAUUUAUUUGUUGUCUUAUGUCAAUAGUAAGUAAUUUAAUUCGAUGCCGAACCAAAAAUACUGGUAGAUGCAGCGACGGUACUCGAACGCCCGCGAUCCUUAUCAUUGCGCAACGAUUCGUGAGCGUUUCUUGCAGAGAAUGCCAAGUGAUUAUUAUUAUUAUGAUAUUUUUUUCUUUUUGUAAAUAGUAUACAUAUACGAAUAUAUAUAUUUUAUAGCCGCGCGCGUCCAGCAGGUAAGGCAGAGAGGGCGCUGGGGAUGCGCAGCGCUGUGGCGUGAAGAUUGCAAGACGACUGUUGGCUGUGUGGCGUCGUGGUUGGUGUAAAAACACUGCUGCAAAGUAACUAAAACCAAUAUUUUCACCCACUUGAAUAUUGCACAAUGAAGAAACUAAAGUCUGUUCGAUUAGUCAUUACUGUAACAUCGCCUCGCACUCGGGGCGAUGCACGUCGAAGGGAAGACACGUCUAUAUUGUUUUUGAUGAUUUGUUGAUAUUGAUAUAUAUAUUAUAUAGUUACGAUAGAACUACGCCAUGUUGAUUUUGUUCGUUAUUUUUAAAGAUUGCAAACGUUGCGGGUUACUUAAAAACUAUUGAUUGCAACCAAGACAAACUAAAGUUUAUUGAGUCAGAGGCGAAUUUAUUUAUGAAUCGUUUAUUUUCGCUUCGGCGGUGUUCGUUUUUUUUUUUGACAAUCCUUUUAAUGUAUAAAAUUGUAGAUAGCGCUCCGUUGAUAUUGAUAUAAUAAAGAAUUCGAAUUUUUAA